AAUAUCAAUAUUGUUGCUUGGCGAACCCGGCCCAACCCAGCCUGGAACAGCACUUGAUUCUACAUUUUUUUCGUUAAUCAAUUAGCCAAGCCACCAUAUAUUGAUUAUGAUAUAACGAUAGCUAGCCACUCUCAACCCAUCUCUCCCGCCGUCUACCUUUCUUCCCCCUCUCUCUCCUCCCCGCAGAUCAUAUAUAGCCCGCCGAUCCAUCAGCUGAAGAAGAGAACAUAAGCCUACAUCUUCUUCCAUACACACCACCCAGCGAGUUAUAAGCUGCUUAUAAGCUAGCUGCUGCUUGUUAGAUCUCGAUCGCCGAGGCCUUUUCUUGGUCGAAUCGAGCUCGAAGCUAGCGACCCGAGCAGAGCAGAUGGCGGCUGAGGAGGCGAAGAAGGUGGAGGUGGAGACGACCACGGCCACCAAGGACAUCGCCGAGGAGAAGGCCAUCGUGCCCGUGCCCGACAACUCCAAGGCCAUCGUCGCCGUCGUCAAGGAUGCUGAAGGUACAAGAGGUUCAUCUGAAAGAGAUGCUUAUCUCACCAAGAUUAUGUCUGAGAAGAGAACAACGCUGAUCAACGCCUGGGAGGAGAGCGAGAAGGCGAGAGCCGAGAACAGGGCUGCCAAGAAUCUGUCCUUCAUCACUUCAUGGGAGCACGCCAAGGAGGCGGAGAUGGAGGCCGAGCUGAAAAAGAUCGAGGAGCAACUGGAAAAGAAGAAAGCGGCGUACAAGGAGAAGCUGAAGAACAAGCUCGCGAUGCUCCACAAGUCGGCUGAGGAGAAGAGAGCGAUGGCAGAGGCGAAGCGGGGCGAGGAGAUAAUCAUGGCAGAGGAGAUGGCCGCCAAGUACCGCGCCAAAGGCGAGGCCCCCACGAAGCUCUUCGGGCUCCUGAAAGCAUGAUGACCGUGUAUCGAGGAAGGCAUCGACACUCUUGAUCUACAGAGCGUACAUAUGUUGGGAUUGUUACUUACAGAUUUCGUGCAUGACUUGUUAGUGGUGUGUGCGUGUACAUGGUUGUGUUCUGGAAGCCAUUGGUGUGUGUGUGUGUGUGUUUUGCUGUUGGGAGGUUUGGUAUCUGGUUAAAUUUGUAAGGGAGCUGUGUAUAAGCGUAGGAGUGCAGGCCUGAUGGAUUGAUACAUUUAUUCUUUUGAUGUAAGUUUUGUUCGUCGAAGCAUCUGUUAGUGUGUAGUAUUUAAUAAAUACAGUCUUAUUUGCCCCA